AUGCACCUGGUUCACGUGAUGCAAAGUCCGACGGUAUCGCCGGGCCCGGUCCCUUGUUCCGCUUCAGAUUCUCCAACUUCCGGCACCCCGCCGUGCCGGGUUCCGGCAGCAUCUGGGAGAGUCCUGCUUGUCUACCCGCACCUCCCAUCCGGCAAGUCGGCAUCGCGGACGCGUAUGGCAUUCGGGCAGUUGGCGGAAGCUUCUUUCUCACAUGGCGAACCAGCGUACCUGGUCAGGAUCUACUUCUGUCGACGAAGAUGCAACCGAAACCGAGGUCAUCUGUCCAGUCUCACGGAGGCCAGGCAUCUUUGCGCAUCGCGCGUCUAG